GCCCAUUCAACAUGUCUUUCAUGAUACCAGGUCACUCGCCAUGAAAGCUUGAGAUAAUUCCCCAUCAUUCGAAUUUUUCUAGCAAGCUCUUAAGUUGGAAUACUCAAGAUUACCGAUUAUCGGACAGCACAGGCCUAUGCUACCACUCCUGUGCUUGAAGUGAAGACAAAGUUCGAACUCACGACGCUGAUCCAUUCUGCCAUCCGUUACGUUAAUUUUCACGAUUUAUCACGACCAAUAGCGCCUAGCGUCAUACUUCUGCCUUCUUGAGUCGUUACUAUCAGAGCAAACAGAACUUGCGAGAAGAACUAUCUUCAAUGGAGCUGCUGUCGCCUUUUCACUUCUUUUCCUGUCUCCUCAUCCAGAUCUCCAUCCUUGAUUAACCCCGCUGAGCUGUCGAUCUUUGGGCCUGCGAGUUCUGAUUGUUGAUGAAGCUCUAACAACUACGACUACGACUGACUACAUACGACUACGUUGCAUUGUCCAGCGACAUUAUCUCAACCUGAGAACCAAUGCGGACACGCAGACAAACCAGAGCUUCAACGACACUCGCCAAGAGUGACGUUAUCAAAUCAGUCUCGGCCACUACAGGGUCCAGUGUAGCUUCAUCCACGGUCGAUGAACAAAGCACUGUUGCCGAGGAUGCGGCUGAUGACGACGGCAAUGACGCCUCAUGGAGUGGUUGGGCAGAGGUAGAGAAUGAUCCUGUCAUAUUUACCACCCUGCUUCGAGAGUGGGGGGUUCCAAACGUCCAAGUCCACGAAGUUGUUCCCUUGGAAAGUCUCUUUGACUUUCCUGCCGAAAAUACAUAUGGACUUAUUUUCCUUUCUCGCUGGACAGCCUCUGAGGAGAGCACCACCACAGCAGACCCACCUCAAGAUGUAUGGUUUGCUAACCAGACAUCAUCCUUCUCUUGUGCCUCUGUCGCUCUUUUGAAUAUCAUCAACAACCGAUCAGGACUUGACCUGGGAUCAUCACUCAACGAAUUUCGUACAAAAACACUCGACAUGACGCCCAAAGACCGAGGGAUUGCUCUCGAUCGAUACGAUCAUGUACGCGACGUUCACAAUUCAUUUUCUACCAGCAUUGAUAGAAUGGUAGUCGACCAUCGACUCAAACAAGACGCCCAGGCUGCCGAAAAGAAGAAAAAAGCCAAAGCCUCCAAGAAACGCAAGUUCAAAGACGACGACGACGAAGACUAUGAAGAUGAGGAGAAUGGCUUCCACUUUGUGGCAUACGUUCCAGCUGGAGGCUAUGUUUGGGAAAUGGACGGUAUGGAGUUAUCACCACGGAAAAUCGGUCGUUUGGAUCCAGGAACUGAUUGGAUCAUGAUGACUUUACCUGUAUUGCAAGCUACGUGGGAAAAUGCAACCAGUAAAGCCACCGAGUUCUCUCUUCUGUCUUUGACUAGUGCUACUGCGUCUUCAGAUGUGGAAGCAGAUCGGUUGAAGAUGGCACGAGCAAGAGAAGAUUGGGGUCCUUUUCUGGCUCAUAUGACCAGAUUGCAUGCUGACAAGGGGGAUUUGAAGGAGUUGUUGCAGGUUUCGGGCAAGUGAGUGAUUGAGCAUGCAGAUAUUGUGGAUGAGAGACAUGGAAAUGGAACAAGACAAUCAUUUCUCGUGGAUCCUAAUCGAACACACUCAUACGGCAAUCCGGUCGUGGGAUGAGAAGAUUCGUGACAACUUGAUCGAACUCAGCCCGAACCUAGACACGUUUCUCAAGUUCAAAUACAC